AUGCCUUUAAAAGAAGAGUCGGCCAAGCUCUGUGACAUUAUUUCUAUAUACCCCUCCGAUUUUAGACUUCAAGCAUAUAAUGCGCUUAUUCUUUGCGCGUGCGCGUUAAUGACAUCGGCACAGUUCAACCACUUUGGUCUUGGUUUCUCAGACGGUUACCUCGCCACCAACUUUGGCCCUCCGAGUUUAAAUACUCUAUCUGCGGCAGCUGCUAGAGAUCCGAGGGCUAACACAGGCCCAGUAGUGUUCCCACCUUCGCCCCCCGGCGACCCAUCUCAGAGCAGCGGAGUAGUCCCUGGUGCAUCGGGUUAUGGCUUCCAGCCUCCGAGCUCCCAAGGCUCAGGUGUUCCAAGAUAUUUCUACCGAGGUUUCUACAGAAGAAGAUAAAAUUUAUAAAUAAUACAUAAAUGAUAUAUAAAUACUAAUUAAAUCCACAUGUACCUACCCUAUGUAUUAUAUUAGCUUUCAUGUUUGUACAGUUACAUUCCGUAGUACAAAUAUUAAAUAACAUUGUAUAUAAAAAUGUAAAUCUGUGAUAUCUGUGUGAAAGAUGCUUUAUUUAAAUUUGCAAUUAAAUAAUGAAGAAUUAAUUCGCUGUCGACACAUGUAAUGUGUUGAUU